CUGUAGUAAAAUUCCCAGGCAACGUUUGAGUCAGACGGUGCCAAAAAAGAACAGGUUGGCUAAGUCAUUAAAGGAGGGAUUUUAUAUACACAGCAAGGGACUAGAGUGGACUGUUCAGAUGCACCUUCCUAUAUUCCGUUAGCUAGACAUAGUGGUUACCGUAGUAUAUCUUAUCUGGAGCUGUGUCUGCUCUGUACAUCAGUGCAGGGAAGGUGCUGACCUGUCCUUCUCCCUGAUUGUCCAGAGAGAAGUAAUUCAGCAGGUGUUCUGGCUCAGAAUGAGGAACCAUCUUCGGUUUUCACUCCUGUGCUCUGUUGUGAGAGCAUUUCCUUGUGUUAUGGGAAUGGCGAUUCUACAUCGACUAUAGCGGAUCCAGCACUUAAUAGAUUGCAGUCUCCUGGGACACAGUUUGACAUCAUGUUUCGCAAAAAGAAAAAGAAACGACCUGAGAUCUCUGCUCCUCUGAAUUUUCAGCAUCGGGUGCAUACAUCCUUUGAUGCCAAGGAAGGCAGAUUUGUAGGCCUUCCUCCACAAUGGCAAAAUGUACUGGACACCCUGCGACGUCCAAAACCUGUAGUGGACCCUUCCAGGAUCACUCAAGUGCAGCUCAAGCCCAUGAAAACUUUUGUCCGUGGAAGCACCAUUGGAUUGGAAGGAUACAUAUCAGGGAUACUACUUGACAUUCAGAAACUUUCUGUGACCAGUUCCAACACUCUGAGAGGACGGAGCCCUUUAACAAGACGGAGAGCCCAAUCCUUAGGGGUUCUUGGAGAAGAGAGGUCAAACAAUGGACAGUUUAUCAUUCCAGAGCAGAACAUUUCUGACAAGUAUAUCAACUGUAAUGGUAGCUCUAAGGCCAGCAGGAGGCAGACCAUGUGGCCAGACUAUAAGCCUACAGAAGAUAGCCCAUCUAAACCCAAUGGUUCUGUUUGUAAAGCAAAGUCUUUGGAUCCUGGGGAUUUUCAGGAUACAGUGGACCGUGUUGCUCAGACCAAAAUACAUCCUGGCAGCUUGGAUAAGAACAUUGGUGGAGGGCAUAGCUUUGAGCUGGAUACAUAUAAAAGAAGACAAUUAUCUCACGAGACACUGCUAGAAGAGGGCUCGCAGCCAAAGUCUGCAGACAGCAUUACAAAAUACGGACAGUUACGGAGCGGUUUUGUGCCCUCUGGCAAUGGAAGGAGUUCAGAAGUUCCCGCCUCAGCAAUACAGAUAAAGACGGAUGGACUCCAGCGCCGCACGCUAUCUACACGGGGAGUUUUGACCAAAGCAGCCUCUCUUCCACCUGACCAUUUAUCUCCAGACUUUAACAGGGUAAUAUUAGAGACUCCAUCAGAGCGUUCAUCUCCCCUCCGGCCCUGCAGACCUUCUCCAGCAGGUUCGCCUCGCAGCUGUCACAUCCAGACUAGCUCCACCAAUCUCCAUUUAUGUCAGGACUCCUUCAACAAAAACCCACUGGGCAAUCAGGGUGCGACAGUGGUGACUCAUGAGCAGUUCAAGACAGCGCUUCGCAUGGUGGUAGAUAAGGGAGAUCCACGUUUGCUGUUAGAGGAUUAUCUCAAGAUAGGAGAAGGGUCUACUGGAGUGGUCUGCAUUGCUAGGGAGAAGCACAGUGGGCGCCAGGUGGCAGUAAAAAUGAUGGAUCUCAGAAAGCAACAGCGGAGAGAACUUCUGUUUAAUGAGGUUGUGAUCAUGAGGGAUUACCAGCAUGCCAAUGUGGUGGAGAUGUACAAGAGCUACUUGGUGGGGGAAGAACUGUGGGUUAUGAUGGAAUAUGUACAAGGAGGUGCUCUGACUGAUAUUGUGUCACAAACCAGACUGAAUGAGGAGCAAAUUGCUACUGUGUGCAAGUCUGUGCUGCAAGCACUGGAGUACCUGCACUCCCAGGGAGUGAUUCACAGAGACAUCAAGAGUGACUCUAUCCUUCUCACACUAGAUGGGCGGGUAAAGCUUUCGGACUUUGGAUUUUGUGCUCAAAUUAGCAAAGAUGUCCCAAAGAGGAAGUCAUUAGUAGGCACACCCUACUGGAUGGCACCCGAGGUCAUUGUGAGAACUGCGUAUGGCACUGAGGUGGAUAUCUGGUCUUUGGGGAUCAUGGUGAUCGAGAUGGUGGAUGGUGAACCUCCAUAUUUCAGUGAUUCUCCUGUAGAGGCCAUGAAAAGGUUACGUGACAGCCCACCUCCCAAAAUGAGGAACUCUCACAAAGCAUCCCCGAUUCUGCGAGAUUUCUUGGAGCGAAUGUUGAUACGUGAGGCAGCGGAAAGAGCCACAGCCCAUGAACUUCUGGAUCACUUUUUCUUACUCCAGUCUGGCCUCCCAGAGUGCUUGGUGCCUCUGAUCCAGCAAUAUCACAAGAGGAACUCUACCUGCUAAUCUUGGGAUGUGCAUGUAUACCAGAUACUUUCUCUAGAACCUGUUCAUGAAGCCGCUCCGUCUCUUCUACUAAGCACAAUAGAAGAAUCACGGACAUUGGUUAGUGGCGGAUGUCACAGGUGCAAUUCACGCCACGUCCAGAGUCUGACUACGGUGCUGCAGAUAUCAUUGGUUUUGCAAAUAUAAAAAUAAUGUAAUAGCUGUGGUAGAAGAAAUAAUCCACUUGGGCUCCACAGAGCAGCGUCUACUCCACCUUUCAACAGGGUAAAAUGUGAUUGUUUACAGUAGUUAUUAACCAUUUCAGUGCAUGGAAGUGCAGCAAACUUGCUGUACUGGCAUCAGAGUGGUAAAUGAUUUAUUUUUUACACUGGAAUAUAAAGAUAUACUUUGGACCACUAGUACAAAGGCACCUUAUUUUCUUUUCCCCAAGCACAGCUCAUGGCUGUUAUUGUUCUCAAGGCACUUCCUUAGAUAGCCAGCAGGGGUCUGGUUCCACACAAUAAAUACAUUAUAUGGUUUGUAGUGUGCUGUUGGCUGUGUUUGGAAUUUAAAUAGUUAAAAAGACAGUACAAUGUAAGAUCAAACCUAAUAAAUAGCUCCUAUUGGGACGUUUAUACAAGUAACAGAUGCUAAGUUGGUUGCAAACAGUGUUGCACAAAAAAUGCAAAAGACGAAUUAACUAGGUAGCAGGGUAAUUGGAUGUUACGACAGCUAUCGCUUCGAAACAGCUGCAGAAUUAUGUGAUACAUGCUGGUCAAAUAAUACCUUCCAAUAAGAGGGUUAUCUACUUUGUGACAUUUGUUGAGAGAUACAUAUGAAACAAUUAAGUGUUCUAUGAAUUUUAUGCACUUUUGCGUGUAUAUGUUAAAAAGUCGCGUAGCUUAGCUGUUUUAUGUGUGUGUGCUUUUAAUAAAUGUCUUUUAAAGUGUGAAGCUUUAGAACAGUGGAGCAGAUGUAUUAAGCCUGGAGAAGUGAUGAAGCAGUGAUAAGUGCAAGGUGAUAACGCACCAGCCAAUCAGCUCCAAUAUGUAAAUUGACAGUUAUGAGCUGAUUGGCUGGUGUGUUAUCACCUUCCACUUAUCACUGCUUUAUCACUUCUUCUGGGUGUUUCCCAACCUUUGUCCUCAAGGCACGCGAACAGUCCAGGAUUUUAGUGAUAUCCAUGCUUGAGCACAGAUGGUUAAAUCAAAAUAACUAGGGUACUAGAUAAGUCACCUGUGCCAAAGUAUGGCUAUCCUUAAGACCUGGACUGUUAGUGCACCUUGAGGGCACAGUGGUUGGGAACUCCUGCUUUAGAUACUAACAGAACAUGCCACAUGCUAUGUUAAUAUCAGGCAGAUUAUGUUUUUAACUUGAUUGGAGCAAUGUUAAGCAGACAGAAUUCAUAUUAAUAUUACAAAUAUUUGUGACAAUAUAUGUAUUAGAAAUUAAUUACCAGGACGGUAUAAUACCAAUCAUACCCUGAAUCUUUAUACAAAGAAUAAUUUUUGGUUUUUAAUAUCACCUGUUUACUUUUCAAUUUGUAAUGUUGUUGCCUAGGUUUCAUUUUGCUUGUUAAGAAUACUUACUACAUUUACUUUGCUUCCCAAAAGUGUCAACAAAAAGCUCAAGGAAUUACAUCUACAUGAAAUGUUCAGAUUUUGUAAAACAAUUUUUUUUUUAAUUAUUAUUAUUUUGUGUUGGAUAGGGUGUUAUGUAGAAUCCUGCCCCAACUCCUUUUGUUUAAAUUGACAAUAAAGGGCAGAUUCAAUUCCACACAUUAAUCCGCACAUUUUCUGCCCAAUAUGGUAGGCUGGUUCUACUGACCCCUCUAUAAGCUUCUCGUUAUAACCAGCGGUAGUUGGCGAAACGGGUUCCGGUGUCUUUGGUGCUUCAUUAAAUCUGCCGCUAAACGAUGGAUUGCAUACUUUUUUAGAUAACUUGAAAGUUGAGGCCAUUAUAAUGAAAUGUUUUAAACUAUAAGGUCAGAUUUAACAACAAGAGAUAAUGGGGUUCGGUUAGCAUUGCCAGCACUCAUGUGACUGACACCGGUAUCCCGACACCACUCAGAAUCCUGACGCUGGAACACCGACUGUCGAUAUCCCGAAGGUAAGUAUUAGGGCCACUGUUAGGGUAGAAACCGGGGGCUUAGGCACUAGAGGGGGUGUGGUUAGCUAUGGCCAACCCAAUCCCCAUCCUGGUGUCUAAUCCCUAGCUGCCACCCACACUAUCUUAGCCCUAGCCGGCAGCCCAGGCGGGUUAGCGUAGGGGACAGGGGAGGGGAAAUUAAUUACCACGUCCCCUGUUGGUAUUCUAAUUGUCGGGGUGUUGGUCAUGUGACCAUCGGCAUCCCAACAGCCGGGAUCCUCUAUCACACCCAUUAUAUUCUUGUUAUCACUCGUUAGGAGCUGGUGCUCCAGCAAUCAGUUGUUGUCAUGUGUUAGUUUGAAAAAGGACCUUUAGGAGCUGAUUGGCUGGAGCACCAUAUAGCAUUAAUAACCAGUAAUAAGAGUAUUGCUCGUUGUUAAAUCUGUCCCAUAGUUUGUAGUGCUACUUUGUGCCAACUUAUCUCCUUCCUCUUAAAAAGGAUUUAAAAACAUCAAAGGGUUAAAUCUACAGUGUCCGUCCAGUACUAUACUCACUGGACCACGUGUGUGAACGUAAAAUAGGUGUACUGUACUGCUGCUGUCAAGUGUAACCCAUUUAUGUACAAACACCAAGCACUUUGAACAGAAAUGUUUUAAUAAAACACUUUGAAAGUC